AUGGCUGAGGAAAGACAGGCUGAGCAGCACACAAUAAACUCUUUGUCGUACAAGGAGCUAGAGGAAUACAAGGAAAACAUGAAAAUGCAAAACCAGCAAAUAUGCAUAGAGGUAUUUACCGUGCAGAUCUUCAAUGAGAUGGUAAGUGAGGUAGAGCCAGAAAGCAUAAGCGUAGUAAAAAAGGUGAGCAGCGCACUGUAUAGAGUUAUUCAAAUAGCAGUGAAGCUCAUCCAGGGAAUCAAGCCCAGCAGGAAGUCUUCAAUGGAUCUAGUAAACACGCAGUACAAGUUUUGCAGCCAGAAUCUUCAGGUUACUGCAGAUAUAGAGGCCCUUAUGCAGGUGAUUGGAGUGAUCGAUAUAGCUCGGUAUCCAGAGCUGUUCAGGCAGAGUGCCUCAGCAAGGGAAGUAAAGGUGCUGUGCCGCAACCUAUCGAGCAUAACAUUUCCGAAGAUGUCUCCCAGCUCUGAAAAGUGCCCAGAGGAGAAAGAAAAAAAGAACUUAGAAAUGAUACGAAUCAUUGCAUACAACUUUAAGGAGUUUGACAUAGAGGCAAUUGCAUCGGUGUACAAGAUGCUUUUGAAAACAAAAAAUCCGCUCUUCCCCACCAAGUACAUCUGCGAGUACAUCAAAAUAGGAAAGCUAUCGUGCAAAAAAACAAAGAUUGUUCUGUGCCAGUUCAUACUAGCAUUCGUCAUUUGCAAACAAAAACAAGAGUUAUUUGAGUCUACAUGUUCUUUUCUUUAUUCAUUGAUCACGAAGGAAAACAGUAAGCUGCGGUUUGCAAACAUAUCAGUUGUUUUUACGCCAAUAUUUUUUAUAGAUGAAGAUUGCCAAAUUGUGGACUCAAACUUUAAGGAAAUAAUGGAAAAUCUAAAGAACUUCUUAGAGUUUUUUUUGGAAAACAGCCCGCAAAUAUUUAUACUGGCACUAAAGCCCAAGAGAGAGUAG